CUGAACUAACACCCACCUAGAACCCAUAUUUCUUCCUUCUGCAGUCACCCAACGAAAAUCACUUUCCUACGCCCCUACCAGUCCACCACUGCCACGAACUCCGUUAACGCCAACACUCCAUCGCCACCAAAGAACAACCACCGUCAACGGCGGUGUCAGCGGAGCAGCCUCCAGCCAGCUAGUCAUCACUCCACUUAUUUUCUAACCCAACUAUGACCAGCCAGGCAGCCAUCGAGUUAGAUGCCUGACUAAGGGGAAACAAAAAUCCCAAUUGAUCUUAGGUAGCAAUCAACAUUUUACGAUUUUAAGUGUAUUUUUCCAAUUGAUUGAUCAAGGAGGUGUAUUUUGAUGGAAACUUUUAGGGUUCAUGGGAAAUGCAGUCUUUGAGUGCUCUUUCUCAGUAUUUGAAAAGGUUUUUUCUCUACUCUAAUUUCAUUUUUUUUAAUGAGUAAUUUGAUUUAUUUCUGUUAAGUUGGUGUGAUUCAAUGGAAUUUGGUUAUUCUCAAUCAUUUUGAGAGUUCUGGGGAUUUGGGUUUUUUUUCUUCUGAAUUUAAUCAAAUUUCAGGGUUUUGGGGUAUUGUUUAAUCAAAUUUUAGGGAUUUUUUGAGUAGAGAGAAAAUAUGGGAGGAGCAUGUUAAGUGGGACGAUGGGUGGCAGGAUUAGUUCAGAAGAAUUGGAGCAGAAAUAGAGGUGGAGAGUAAGUAACUACAAUAAUAGCAUCAACAUUAAGCUGAAAUGGGAUAAAUGCUUUGGAGAUUAGAAGAAAUGGAUUUGCCAAUGGGGCUUAACGUGGGGAAAUGAUGUUUGGAGUGGCUGCCGGAAGGCGAGGAAUAUCAACUUUUCCUAGUUUAUGCCAAAGAAUUAAGCAAACAGAUAAUGAGAUUGUCAAAAUGUUUCUUGUACCGAAUCCAGGAUCUGACUCCCGUAUCUCUUUACCGAGUCGAAAGAGUUCUGCUCGAAUGUUAGAUGAACGAUUUAUCAGGAUUUUGAAAAUAUUCAAGUGGGGUCCUGAUGCUGAAAAGGCUUUGGAAGUACUUAAGCUAAAGGUGGAUCAUAGGUUGGUAUGCGAAGUUCUUAAAAUAGACGUUGAUAUAAAUGUCAAGAUUCAGUUCUUUAAGUGGGCUGGGAAAAGGAGAAAUUUUGAGCAUGACACUACAAGUUAUAUGUCUCUGAUCCAUUGUUUGCUUGAAGCUGGAUCAGCUGGUGAACUGUGGAAGACAAUCCAGGACUUUGUUCGAAGCUCAUGUCACUUUAGCCCAUCUGAAUUUUCUGAAGUUCUGAGAGUUCUAGGCCAUGCUAAGAUGCUGAGUAAAGCAAUUUCAAUCUUCUAUCAUAUUAAAAGAUACAAGUGUAAACCAACAUCAAACACUUACAACUCCCUCAUCUUGAUGCUGAUGCAAGGAGGCCAUUACGAAAAGGUGCAUGAACUUUAUAAUGAGAUGUGUAACGACGAUAGCUGCUUCCCUGAUACAGUAACAUACGGUGCUUUGAUACAAGCAUUUGGAAAACUGGGCCGUGAUGAUUCUGCUGUGAGGUUGUUUGAUGAGAUGAAGGAGAAUGGGUUAGUUCCCAACGCAAAGAUCUAUACAACAGUAUUGGCCAUUUAUUUCAAGCUGGCUAAGGCUGAUAAGGCGUUGGAUCUGGUUAAAGAAAUGAAAGAUAAGGGCUGUUCUUUAACUGUAUACACUUACACUGAAUUGAUUAAGGGACUUGGUAAACUUGGUCGGGUUGAUGAGGCUUAUGACACUUUUUUGAGUAUGCUAAAAGAAGGAUGCAAGCCAGAUGUUGUCUUAAUUAACAACUUAAUAAAUGUUUUAGGCAAGUCUGGUCUUUUAUCUGAGGCUCUUAAGGUGUUUGAAGACAUGAAAUCUUUGCAGUGUAUCCCAACUGUGGUGACAUAUAAUACAGUAAUUAAAUGUUUAUUCGAAGCAAAUGCACCAGCAGCUCAGGCCUCUGCAUUGUUUGAGAAAAUGAAGGCCAUUGGUAUUGCUCCUAGUUCUUACACUUACUCCAUUAUGAUUGAUGGCUUUUGCAAGAAGAACAGAGUUGAGAAGGCUUUGAUGCUUCUCGAAGAAAUGGAUGAGCACGGUUUCCCUCCUUGCCCCGCAGCAUAUUGCAGUUUGAUAAAUAGCCUCGGGAAAGCGAAACGAUAUGAUGCUGCAAAGGAGCUGUUCCAGGAGUUGAAAGAAACUUCUGGCACCUCAAGUGCUAGAGUUUAUGCAGUAAUGAUUAAACAGUUUGGUAAAAGUGGCUGUCUUGAUGAAGCUGUAGAUUUGUUCAAUGAGAUGAAGAAACUUGGUUGUAGUCCAAAUGUUUAUGCGUAUAACGCUCUCAUGUCUGCGUUGGCGAGGGCUGGGAUGAUUAAUGAGGCACAAAUGCUGCUUCGGACUAUGGAAGAAAAUGGCUGUGCACCAGAUAUAAAUUCGCAAAAUAUAAUAUUAAAUGGUUUGGCUCGAACAGGUGGUCCAAAACAAGCGAUGGAAAUGUUCGAAAAGAUGAAGGAUUUAUCCAUCAAGCCAGAUGCUGUUUCCUAUAAUACUAUGCUUAGCUGUCUUAGUCGUGCUGGUAUGUUUGAGGAGUCUGUGAAGUUGAUGAAAGAGAUGAGUAGUAACGGUUUUAAGUAUGAUCAAAUUACCUAUUCAUCACUUCUUGAGGCAGUGGGAAAGGUCGAUGAUGACCCUAUACCACCAACGUUUUCACAGUAGUCAGUGUUUGUUUUCCUGUAAAACAAGGCUUCUGUUAUCCAAAACAACAAGCGGAAUCAUGCAACUGAAGCAGCACCUCUUAAUUUUUAGUGCCAGUUUGUAAUCAGUCCAUAUUGGGACUAGAUUGCUGCAGACCCUGCCAUCACCAGUUUGGCUACUUCUCAUUGGUUAAUCGUGUCCUUUCAUGAUAUUUUUGGUUAGCAGAUGUCUUCCUCACAAUGAACAUAGUUCACAGCAUGCUUCGAUCAAGAAUAUGCAAGGUAGAGAACUUAUUCUCUGUUGCAGCAAUGAUGGAUGCACGUGAUCCGAUGAUAAAAGUCGAACACACAUCUGACAGCUCUAUGAGGUUGUGAUGGUGGAUUGAGAAUUUUCCUCAACAGAUGUUAAAAUAAGCAUUAUGAAGAACUUGAAUUGUUUACCUGUGUGCAAUAAAAAUGUACAAGAACUCCUACUACCCAAACCGGAUCCUGUUUCUGGGAAGAUUGCAGAUUGCAAUGGUUGGAGUAUGAAAUCAGAACACCUCUUGUAACUAGCCUGAACAUAAAAAUUCAUACCCCUGACUUCAAACAGAGGCAUUGGAGCAGCUUUUUUGGCACUGUUUACAAUGUUGGUUUGGUUACCAAAGAUGUUUUCAUCUUCCCCAUUAAAUAGCUGAUGUUAUACUGGAAGAAAAGAGGGGAAAUAGAUGAAGUACAAAGACUCUGAACAUGGCAUGCUAUUGCUGGAAAUCAUCACCUGUAUUAACUUCUUCUUUUGUAUCAUGAAGAGUUGUAUUGACAACAUAUAUGCAGAAGUAAGAGGAAAGAAAAGAAAAGCAUUUGCACUUUUUUUCUUCCUGAAUGCUUAGAAAUAUUGGGCAAUUACUGUUAUUGAUUAGAAUAUUACAAUGUUCUUGACUCUAAUAAUGUACUUGUAGAGUUGUAGUUAGCAUUCCUAAGCAGUCACCUUCAUUCACUCUUUCGA